AUGAAUCUGGCCUUCCUCCGCUCGUCCUCCCCCAUCUCCUUCCUCCAUGAAUCUGGCCACACGCUGCCCUUGCCUCUUCCCUUCCGGUCCUUUCAUCAACGACCACCUGUAGGUAAAGGAGAUGACGUCCUGGAUUCCGCCUCAUCCUCUUUCCAAUCCGACGCCUCCACACACCCGCUCCCUCGCCAUCGGCGGCGCCGCCGCAUGCCGGUCCUCCGUGCGUCGCCUCCUCUUCCUCCACGACCCCUCCACGUACUCGCAGACGACGGCAGCCGGAACCGCCCCCGUCGCCCUCGUCACCUCCACUUGUUCCACGAUCUGGCCAAGCCACCGAGAGAAAGCUGUUCGCGGUGUUGUAGCGCUGCUGGGGAGCUGCGCGUUAUGAUGAACAUCUGCCUCCUCCUCCGUGUCAUGCCCUGCAGGUACCUAUCUUUGGUUUUGAUUGAUGCCUCACAUUUCUGUUAG